CCUUCCUCCCUCCCGUCCGCCCAGCCUGGCCCGGGCGCUUGCGCACUUCAUCACAGGCACAGGCACAGGCACAUCGUGCAUUCACCCGAGCCUGUCACGUGUUGUCGUUUCUUCACUGCUGCAUCAUCGCCGCAUUCGUGUCUUCAGAAGCCACAUUCUUUCAAUGGGAAACCACUCUUCGUGACCGCGUUUCGAAUUUGGAUCUAGGGUUCUUUGUGUGCGGCGAAGCCAGUCAAUGGCAUGGCUUCGCCCAUAGGUUCGCACGGGACUUUCAAUGUUAAAACUGAUCGGAGAGGCUCGACUGUACCCGUCCAUAUAUCGGAGCAAGCCGGCGCCAGGGCGGAGAAUCUAUCCCUGUCCACGUGGGGCGCCUCCUUUGUGCUGGCCAACGCUUUGCAUGAGCUCGCCGUAUCCUUGCCAAAGGGCAGGGAGGCGCCAGCAUCGGGAAGCCAUGUCCUCGAACUUGGAGCGGGAACUGGUCUAGUUGGUCUUACAGCAGCCAUACUAUGGAAGAUGCCGACGUUACUGACAGACUUGUCCCCGUUACUACCCGCAUUGGCAGGGAAUAUCCUCUUGAACAAGGCCCUGCUAGUACGACAAUCGGUCUCAUGCGCCAGCCUGGACUGGAGCAAGCCGGAUCAGAUACAGCUGUUCGACUCUAAACAGUCAGAUACGCAGAUCGUGUCUCCUCGACAAACGAAAGCGCAUGUCAUCCUUGCCGCCGAUACCAUCUACUCCGAGGAGCAUCCCGAACUCUUGACAAAGACGAUUCUUACGUGGCUUGCACCACACCCCGACGCUCGUGUCAUCCUGUGUUACCCGCUGAGAAUGGCUUACAUAGACCAUAUUCGAGAGUUCUGGCAAUUGAUGGAGGCCUCGGAACUGGUAUGUGUCGAAGAAGGACGCGAGAAUGGCGAUGAGGAGUGGAAUGAGCUUGCCCAUACCCCGUACGAGUGGUGUAUGUGGGGAUGGAAGCAUGCAAGCGCCGGGGAAUUAAACUGAUCUGGGAACGGGAACUUCGUA